UCUGUACAUAAAUACGUACUCUGUGGCAGCUUCACAAGUUAUAUUCAGAGAGUGUAGGGCUGUGGCCCGAGACACACGUGUGUGCGUAACUAACAUAGCAGUGCUAUUUUCUACUAAACUGUUUUUGUUACAACGUUGGAUUUGAUGUAAAAAUCAUCAAGAUGAUUCUCACGCUAAUAUGGGUAGUGGUUCUGAUAGCGGCAGCUGUACUGUUCCUUCGACAGGCGUAUGCAACAUUUGAUAGAUAUGAAAUCAAAUAUUUCAAGGCAGUACCCAUUUUGUCUGACAUGGUCACGAUGAUCAGACCCAAAGAACACAUUGGUCUAGACCUCGCGAGAACUUACAACAGUUUUCCAAAUGAAAGGUUCGUGGGGAAACUCCAAUUUUUGAAAGAGACGAUAAUAGUACGUGACCCUGAACUGAUUAAGAAGAUGACGGUCAAAGACUACGAGUACUUCCUCAAUCAUCCCAACACUGGACCUCCAGAAUCUAUCUUUAGCAAAUUUUUGUUAUUUAUGAAAGGUGAAGAGUGGAAGGAAAUGCGCUCCACGCUGAGUCCAGCGUUCACAAGCUCCAAGAUACGUCUGAUGGUGCCUUUCAUGGAGGAGGUCGGAGACCAGAUGAUUCUGUCACUCAAGAAGAAGAUUGAAAAUUCAAAAGAUGGCUACAUAGAUAUAGAAUGCAAAGAUCUCACAACACGUUACGCCAAUGAUGUGAUAGCGACCUGUGCCUUCGGUCUGAAGGUGGACUCUCACAAUGAUGAGAACAACCAGUUCUACUCAAUGGGAAAGAUACUCAGUGCAUUCAGCUUGUCCAAAAUACUCCUGUACAUGAUCCUCACCAAUGUGCCUUAUGUCAUGGAGAUUUUAGACUGGGAUUUCAUUCCAAAGUCAGCUCAGAGGUAUUUUAAAAAUCUGGUACUGGACACGAUGAAGAACCGCGAGUUACAGAACAUUGUGAGACCUGAUAUGAUCCAUUUACUAAUGGAAGCUAAGAAAGGCAAAUUAAAACACGAGGAUGAGCAGACUAGUGAUGAGGGAGCCGGGUUUGCGACUGUUGAAGAAUCUUCCGUUGGAAAGAAGGCACUUACUAAUAAAGUGUGGACUGAUGAUGAUUUGGUAGCUCAAGCAUUCCUGAUUGUUCUUCAUUGCUACAACAUCUGUAUCGAAAAUUUAAAGAUCCUGGCCCAAUCGGGGAGAUACCCAGGUAUAAUGAAUCCAUCCCAUCACCAGUGGUGCAUUGCAAUUGGGAUCAGGAUAGCAGAGAAAGAAGGCGCUGGUAGGGAUCUUCGGGUAGGAGACAGGGCGCGUGAGGGAACAAACCACCUCAUGUUCCAGCCGUCACGAGAGACAAUCCGGGCGUCGGGGAUUACGAUGAUCUCUGGCCACCGUAAUAUGAGUUUGCGGAUGGCAAGCAAAGGUCACUGCCCGACCAGAACCAGACCCAUAACAAUGUUCUACUUAAUACUGGUUGCAAUAUUUGUAUGUGUGCUAGCACUAUAUUUGAACUAUGUAAAUUCCACAUUCAAUCAGUAUGGCAUCAAGCAUGACGCCACUGUUCCAUUCAUUGGACCUACCAUCAAACUGCUGAGGGCUAAGGAGCAUAUAGGCCAAGACCUCAAAAAUUUAUAUGACAGAUAUCCUGAAGAAAGAUUUUUGGGCCGAUUCGAAUUACUGAAAGACUCUAUCGUCAUCCGAGAUAUUGAAUUGUUAAAGAAGAUCACAAUCAAAGACUCGGAACACUUCCUCGAUCACACCUCCAAUGGGUUCGAGUCCUUGUUCGAGAGGAGUCUGUUUUUCAUGCAAGGUCAAGAAUGGAAGGACAUGCGCUCCACACUGAGUCCAGCGUUCACAAGCUCCAAGAUACGUCAGAUGGUACCAUUCAUGGUGGAAGUUGGAGACCAGAUGAUGACUUCUCUUAAGAAUCAGAUAGAGAAUUCAAAAGAUGGUUACGUCGAUAUUGACUGUAAGGAUCUCACAACACGUUAUGCCAAUGAUGUGAUUGCCUCCUGUGCCUUUGGUCUGAAAGUGAACUCUCACACUGAUAAGAACAAUGAUUUCUAUGUGACUGGCAAGACCGCAUUUGAAUUUAAACUACAUUUGCUGUUGGUGUUCUUUCUUAUUUCUAAAGUUCCAUAUCUGAAAGAGGCCUUAAAUUGGAGUGUCUUACCUAAGAAAACCCAGGAUUAUUUUAUUAAUCUAUUUAUGAGCACCAUGAGGGAGCGGGAAUUGAAGAAAAUCGUCAGACCUGAUAUGAUCCACUUGCUCAUGGAAGCUAAUAAAGGCAAAUUGUCUCAUGAAGAAGUCAAGUCUACUGAUACCGCAGCCGGAUUUGCAACUGUCGAAGAAUCAUCGUUUGGCCAGAAAACUAUGAACAGAGUGUGGAAAGACGAGGAUCUCGUUGCCCAAGCAUUCCUAUUCUUCGUCGCUGGCUUUGAAACCGUUUCAUCCAGUAUGUGCUUCAUAAUGCAUGAGUUGGCUGUACACCCUGACGUGCAGGACCGCCUGGUGCAGGAGAUCAGGGAGCAUGAUGCCAAGAACGGCGGUAAAUUCACCUUCGAUUCUAUACUGAACAUGAAGUACAUGGAUAUGGUGGUGUCUGAGGUACUAAGGCUUUGGCCACCAAAUGUGGUGUUAGAUAGAGUUUGCACCAAAGAUUAUAACAUGGGAAAACCGAAUCCGGCUGCUGAGAAAGAUUUUAUAAUACGCAAAGGCUCCCCCAUCAUGAUACCUUCGUAUGCUUUCCACCAUGACGCUGAAUUCUUCCCAGAACCAGAAAAGUUCGACCCUGAACGUUUCUCUGAAGAAAAUAAACACAAGAUCAAUCCGAUGGCGUACAUGCCUUUUGGUGUUGGUCCUAGGAACUGCAUAGGAUCAAGGUUUGCGCUGUGUGAAUUGAAGGUGAUGCUGUACCAGCUCCUUCGGGAGAUGGAGCUGUCUCCUUGUGAGAAGACCUGCAUCCCAGCCAAGUUGGACACUAAGAGUUUCAACAACAGGCUGGUCGGAGGACAUUGGCUAAGAUUUAAACCUAGAAACUAAGAAGAUGCAAGUCUAAAUUAAGUCUAAGAAGAUGCAUUUUUUUACUUAUUUUUUUUAAGUAUUUAUAAAAUAAAGCAUUUUUUUGUAAAACUUUGCCCCA